UUCAUAAUACAAUCGUGCGGUUUUAUCCAGAGUCCAAAUGCAGCUCUUCUCUUCUUCACCAAAAUCCCAGUUCUCUCCUUUCUUCACUUCCCAAAACCCAAAUCCCCCAAAAUUCUUCUCCAAAAUUCCAAUCAAGUCCCUCCUUUCUUCUCCGCUCUUCAAAUCCACUCCCUUCUCUUCCAAGCAAUCCACACCGUCCCUUGACGAGAAGAUCCUUAUUGCAGAAUCCGACGAUGAAGAUGAUGACGACGACAAAAGGAACGGUGGAAAUGUGUCGGAUGGGAUGCUCGUCGUUCGUCGGCCGGUGAUGGAGUCUUCUUCGGACGGAGAAGAAUCUGAGAAUUCGUUGACAGAAUCUGAAGAGGGAGGAAGCGAGAGUGCUGUGUCCUCGUCUUCAUCGAUCGAUCAGGGUCUUUCGGAAUUUGCAAAGAAGAUGCCGAUCUUCGAGCCGGAGAGGGUCGACGGGAGCUCGGAGAAGCCGCUCCCUAUCAAUUUGGAGCUGGCGUUGUACAGGGCAAAGGUCUUGGCGAGGAAUUUCCGGUAUGAGGAUGCGGAGAAAAUACUUCGGCAGUGUAUAUCAUUUUGGCCAGAAGAUGGGCGACCCUAUGUGUCGCUCGGAAAAAUUUUGAGCAAGCAGUCACGAUAUGGAGAAGCUAGAUCAGUAUAUGAGAUGGGAUCCCAGGCAACACAAGGAGAAAAUCCAUACAUCUGGCAGUGCUGGGCUGUUUUGGAAAAUAAGAUGGGGAAUAUCCGGAGGGCAAGAGAAAUAUUUGAUGCUGCUACUGUUGCUGAUAAAAGACAUGUUGCAGCCUGGCAUGGAUGGGCAGUUCUCGAGCUUAAGCAAGGGAAUAUCAAGAAGGCUAGGAAUCUUCUUGGUAAAGGAAUUAAAUAUUGUGGUGGAAAUGAGUACAUAUACCAAACGCUUGCUUUGCUUGAAGCUAAAGGAAAUCGGAUUGAGCAGGCUCGUUACUUGUUCCGGCAGGCCACUUUAUGUAAUCCCAAAAGCUGUGCCAGUUGGCUUGCAUGGGCACAGUUAGAGAUGCAACAGGAGAACAAUCGUGCUGCUAGACAACUAUUUGAGAAAGCAGUACAAGCUAGUCCGAAGAACAGGUUCGCAUGGCAUGUAUGGGCAAUUUUCGAGGCCAAUCUGGGUGACAUUGAGAAGGGAAGGAAACUAUUAAAGAUAGGUCAUGCACUAAAUCCUAGGGAUCCUGUUCUUCUCCAAUCACUUGCUUUGUUGGAAUACAAACAUUCUUCUGCCAAUCUCGCCCGUGUAUUGUUUAGGAGAGCAUCAGAACUGGACCCGAGGCAUCAACCAGUAUGGAUUGCUUGGGGAUGGGUGGAAUGGAAAGAAGGAAAUAUAGCCACAGCGAGGGAACUCUACCAAAGAGCAUUGUCAAUUAACUCGACAAGUGAAAGUGCAGCUCGUUGCCUACAGGCUUGGGGCGUUUUAGAACAGAGGCUUGGGAAUAUGUCGGCGGCCAGGAGACUAUUUAGAUCUUCACUGAACAUAAAUUCUCAAAGUUACAUAACAUGGCAGACAUGGGCAUCAUUGGAGGAAGAGCAAGGAAAUGCAAUCCGUGCUGAAGAAAUUCGGAACCUCUAUUUCCAGCAGCGAACGGAAGUAGUUGAUGAUGCUUCAUGGGUCAUGGGUUUUCUAGACAUCAUCGAUCCAGCUCUCGACAGCAUAAAGAAGUUCUUGAACAUGGGCCCAAACUCUGAUUUUAAAGGGCAGGAUUCUUUAAGAAUCAUGUCAGAAUCAACGAGGAAUACUGCUGAUGAAGAAUCUACCGAUUCCUCAAGUCCUAUAAAUGGAAAUAUCAAGGAUAGUGAAGAAGAUGCAGGUGCCCCAAGAAGCAAUUUUGAUUUGGAUGCUUUCAUCAAAGAGAAAUUAUCUCUCGAUGCAUCAAAACUGGAUGCCCAGAUGGAAGUAUUCAAUCCCAAGAAAAUCAAAUCCACAAGAAGGAUAUGGAAAUCAGAAAAUAGAUCUGUCGCUGCAUCACCCUGAGCUUACGAGUUCAACUUGGGGAAUUCAGAUUGCAAACAACAUAGGUACAAAUGUAAAAUUCAAUGUAGUCAUUCAACAUCGACAAGAUAGAUGAUGCAAAAUGCUAUGAAUCAACUGAAAUUGUUGUUUGUAAUAAUUGUAUAACAGGAAGUGCAUUUUGUAAAUAAGAUUGUAUUUGAAUGUUCA